AUGGAGUCGGGAGGAAAAGGCUGGAGAUAUGGCUCGCUAUUCUUCUACACGUUGUGCGCAAUGGCUUUAUUUUCUUCUCGCGUGAGCGGACAGAUCCGUUAUUCGAUACCUGAGGAAAUGCAGGUGGGCUCGUUUGUUGGAAAUAUCGCCUCGGACCUCGGGUUUGAGCCGAAGAGAUUGGUUUCAGGAAAAGCGCGUGUUUUCACCACGGACAGCAGUGAGUACAUUGGCCUGGACAAGGAAAACGGACAUCUGGUUAUCAAGAAUAAAAUAGACAGAGAAGAGCUUUGUGGAGAGAUUUCUGCCUGCAGUGUAAGUUUUGAUGUGAUUUUAGAAAAUCCGAUGGAGCUUUAUCGAGUUACAGUUGACAUUCAAGACAUCAAUGACAACAGCCCCGCUUUUUUGAAAUCUAAGAUUGAACAAGAAAUUAGUGAACUAGUUUUAAUAGGUGCGCGAUUUCCAUUAGAGAGCGCGGUAGAUCCAGAUGUGGGAGUGAACGCGCUACAAAAAUACACUCUUCAACCCACCGACCAUUUUAAGCUUAAUGUUCAGAAUGCAGAAGAUGGAAGUAAAAAUGUCGAGAUAGUUCUUCAUUCACCACUCGAUAGAGAAAAGAAAAAUCAUCAUAGUUUGAUUCUGACAGCUUUCGAUGGUGGAAAACCACAAAGAUCUGCUACGUUACAUAUUAAUAUUAUUAUUCUGGAUGUUAAUGACAAUGCACCUGUGUUUAGUCAGUCGUCUUAUAAAACAUCAAUAGUUGAAAAUGCUCCUAAAAGCACAGUUGUAAUAAGAGUGAGUGCGACCGAUGCUGACGAGUCUAGUCAUGGCAUUCAGUAUUAUUUUGAGCACGCGACACCCACAGUAAAAGCUUUGUUCUCCAUCGAUGCGGAUUCAGGUGACGUUAAAGUCACAGGUCAAAUAGAUUAUGAAAAACACAAGCAGUUCAAAAUCAAAGUAAAAGCUAAAGAUCACGGAGGUUUGACUGAUUCGAGUGAGAUAAUUAUUGAUGUCAUUGAUGUGAACGACAACAAGCCCAAAAUCACUAUAAUGUCUUUUUCCAGCGCAGUAUCUGAAGACGCUGCACCAGGAACUGUUAUAGCCAUGAUUAAUGUUCAAGAUCUCGAUUCAGGUGACAACAGCAAGAUUUCAUGUUCUAUUGAUCUGAACUCUCCAUUUAAAAUCAUUUCUUCAUUAACUAAUUAUUACAACCUGGUGACAGACUCAGAACUAGACAGGGAACAGACAGCAGAGUAUAAUAUCACUAUAACUGCAGUAGAUGGAGGAAACCCACCUCUUUCUGUUAAAGAGAUUUUAAACUUAAAGAUAUCAGAUGUGAAUGAUCACGCACCUCAGUUUGUGCAGGAAUCAUAUAAUGCCUUUAUAGCUGAAAAUAACCCACCAUCUACGACUAUUCUGACUGUCAAAGCAGAGGACAUGGACUGGGGGCCGAAUGCAAAGGUCUCAUACUUUCUUAUCGAUGCAGAUUUAAACGGAGCACCUCUGGCAUCUUAUAUUUCUAUAAAUUCAGAGAGUGGAGUAGUUUAUGCAGAAAAAUCCUUUGAUUAUGAACAACUCAAAUCAUUCAAAAUGCAAGUCAAAGCUCAAGAUGGAGGCUCACCUCCUUUAUCCAGUAAUGUGACUCUAAACAUCAUCAUUCAAGAUCAGAAUGACAACGCUCCUCAGGUUCUGUAUCCAGUACAGACUGGCGCUUCAGUGGUGGCUGAGAUUGUGCCUCGUGCUGCAGAUGUUGGAUAUCUGGUCACUAAAGUGGUGGCUGUUGAUGUGGACUCUGGUCAGAAUGCCUGGCUCUCCUAUAAACUACAGAAAGCUGCAGACAGAGCGCUGUUUGAAGUGGGUUUACAGAAUGGAGAAAUAAGAACUGUGCGACAAGUGACUGAUAAAGAUGCUGUCAAACAAAAACUCACUGUUGUUGUGGAGGAUAACGGACAGCCCUCUCGCUCAGCUGUGGUCUCCAUUAACGUGGCUGUGGCUGACAGCUUUCCUGAAGUGCUGUCAGAGUUCACAGACUUUACGCAUGAGAAACAAUAUAACGACAACCUGACUUUUUAUUUAGUUCUGGCUCUUGCAGUGGUUUCCCUGCUCUUCAUAGUCUCCAUUAUUUCCAUCAUUUCAGUCAAAAUCUACAGAUGGAGGCAGAAUAAGUUGUUUUAUAAAUCAGGAGCAAAUCUACCUGUAAUUCCAUAUUAUCCUCCUGUCUACGCAGACGGCACAUUACAGCACGUGUAUAAUUAUGAAAUGUGUGGGACCACAGACUCAAGGAUGAGUGACGUGAAGUUUGUCAGGCCCUACAGUCAGAACACACUGGUCAGCCAGAGUCGUGUGGGGACAGUUCAGAGAGAAAGGAAGGAGCAGGAGGUUGAUGAGCUGACUUUAGAGCAAAAGCCACCUAAUACUGACUGGCGAUUUCCCCCAAACCAGAGGCCUGGACCCAGCGGGGCUGGAGCACGUCCUGAAGAGGCAGGUGCCGGUGCUGGUGUGAUAGCAGGAACAGGACCAUGGCCCAACCCCCCUACUGAGGCUGAACAGCUCCAGGCUAUGAUGGCAGCAGCAAACGCAAGUGAAGCCACUGCGACUCUUGGCCCUCGCUACAAUCUACAGUAUGGCCCGGAUUACCGUCAGAACGUCUACAUCCCAGGCAGCACUGCCACCCUUACAGCCAACCCUCAGCAACAGGUUCUCCAGCAGGCCCUUCCUCCACCACAGGCCCUUCCACCUACCGAAGUCCCCAAAGCGGCUCAAACACCAGCCAGUAAGAAGAAACCCACAAAGAAAGACAAGAAGUAAGACCUGUGGAAGAGCUGAAGAAACAUGUUGCCGGGAAUCUAAACAUCUAUCCUCUCAAACCAUGUUGGGUUUGGAUGAAGAUUUAAAAAGAAAAAAGUGAAUAGUAUUACUUGUUUUAGCGUUAACAUGAGACAAUAAGCAACCAAACAAGAGGAAAUGUGUUCAGAUUCCCGAAGCCCUUUCUCUGACAGAUAUCUCUGUCUUGUAAAUAGCAUACUAAAACAAGAAGAAACACAUUUCUUCUUUUUAUUUUUUCCCUCAAAUGUCACGUUUUAGGCUUUUUGUGUUCUUUUCAAAGCAAAGUAGAUGCUUAUUGUGGAUACAAAAUGAAACGCUGUUAGGCUUUUUAACAUGAUGUGCCACAACUCUCACCUUAACUGAAGAAAGGAGUAUUUAGCUGAACUAUGCAUUGCAAAGGAGAUACAAAAGGUGAACGUAUAUAUAAAGUGUUUUCCAGGUGAGAUAAUACAUGUAUAUUUGCGUAAAAAAAUCUGACGGUGAGACACUGGAUUGUCGGCAUGGUGUUUAAAAAUAGAUUCAGUCUUCUCAUUAACUUCUUAAUAGCCAGUUAAGCAGAGCUGAAUGUUAGGUUAAUGACGUUUGACUAUUCUUUGUUAUUAUUUCCUGUUGGCGUGCUAAAGAAUCCUCUGGAAAUGAAGUAAUGUAAACAGUGUUUUUUUGAUGCUGAGAAAAGAUAAUCACAGCCUUUGUAAGGUCAAUGAUUUGGGUCAAAGGAAGAAGAUCUAAAGAAGGAAACAGCAGAAAUGUGCUUGAAUGGAUCUUAGAUGGAAGGAUUUCAUGUCUGUUCAUCUGCACCUACCACCACUAUCGUGUAUAUAAAAUGUGUAACCUGUCUGUACAAACAUUAGAGCCACAAGGGCUGGCUGUUACAGGAAUGUUUCAGUAUUUUUUACAAAAAAAAAAACAACAAAAAAAGACACAAGAAAAAAAAAAGAUCCAGUGUAGUGUUUUAGGAAUAAAAGCUUCAAGUCCAUUGACUAACCAAACUGUACAUACUACGAAACUUCUGAUGACACGCAAUCGUAGCUUAAGGCUUGUGGAGUAUGUGCAUAUUUUUGUGUUUUCCCCCUCUUGAUUACACUUUACUUUCCUCUUCUCCAAUCACCUAAACCUUUGAAAGAUAACAGACAAUACUUAUACUGUCUUUGCUAUAGAGUAACACCCUUUCCCAUCUUACUGUACUUUUCUGUGCUUGUAAUUCCAAUCAGUCCUUAAUGAUACUGGAAUGCCACUCCUGUCUGUUUGACUUUGAAUAUCUAUCUAUCUAUCUAUAUAUAUAAAUGUCUGUCUGCUGCUUGGCUACUUUUUCUGUAUUUGACUGUGAUUCCUUUAAAGAAACGCUUAGCACCUCAUGUUACUCUUUUUAUUUUAUAAUCUACUAUUUAUAUCGCUGUUUGAUUUAUGUUUUACUUUAUUAUUGGAACACUUACAUUUGAAAUAAAAUUUUGUCAGAACUC